AUGACCAAACUUGGCAAAAGUUCUAAGCGGGUGCCAGUCCGUCUGAGACACAAGAUUGAGAAGGCUGCUGUUGCGAAGCAGAGGAAGCAGAAGAAGCUCGCAAAGAAGAACCCCGAAUGGCGGUCUAAGAUCAAGAAGGACCCGGGUAUUCCCAACCUUUUCCCGUUCAAGGACAAGCUCCUCCAUGAUAUCGAAGAGAAGAAGCGCCUGAAGGCUGAGGAGCAAGAGCGCAUCCGUGAGGAGGCUCGCGCUCGCAAGAUUGAGGCCAAGCAGGCCCAAGGUGGCCCCCAGGCGGCCGUGGACAUUAUGGAGGACGAUCUGCUCGAUGAUGAUAUGGACGCUGAUGGCGACGACUCGAACCCCAUGGCGGCGCUGCUUGCUUCUGCCCGGGCCCGUGCCCAGGAGUACGAUGACGAGAACGAGAGUGAGGACGAGGAGAUGGAGGACGACGACGAUGAGAUGGAUGAGGACGAAGAGGAGGGCGGUGUGACAUUCGAGGAUGCUCCCACGCUAGGCAGCGCACAGAACCCUACCAAGGAGAGCUCACGGCGUCAAUUCGACAAGGUCUUCAAGACGGUUACGGAUGCGGCUGAUGUGGUGCUGUACGUGCUCGAUGCGCGCGACCCCGAGGGCACCCGGUCGAAGGAGGUUGAGCGCGAGAUCAUGGCUGCUGAUGCUGGCUCCAAGCGUCUGAUCCUCAUCCUCAACAAGAUCGAUCUCGUUCCUCCGCCAGUCCUCAAGGCCUGGUUGAUUCACCUGCGCCGUUACUUCCCCACCCUCCCGCUGAAGGCCUCCAACGGCGCCCCCAACGCUCACAGCUUCGACCACAAGCAAUUGUCCGUCAAGGGUACCUCGGAGACUCUCUUCCGUGCCCUCAAGUCCUACGCUCACAGCAAGCAACUGAAGCGAUCCAUCUCCGUCGGUGUCAUCGGUUACCCCAACGUCGGCAAGUCGUCCGUGAUCAACGCCCUGACCGCUCGCCUCAACAAGGGCUCCAGCAAUGCCUGCCCUACCGGUGCCGAGGCCGGUGUUACCACCACUCUGCGCAGCGUCAAGCUCGACAACAAGCUCAAGCUGAUCGACUCCCCCGGUAUCGUCUUCCCCAGCGCGGCUGGCAAGACCAGCAAGAAGUCCAAGGAGAACGAGCAGGCCCGCCUGGUCCUGCUCAACGCCAUCCCACCCAAGCAGAUCGAGGACCCCGUUGCCGCUGUUAACCUGCUCAUCAAGCGUCUCUCCUCGUCUGAGAACCUGAUUAACAAGAUGCUCGAGGUGUACGGCAUCACCACCCUCUUCCCGACCGGUGACAAGACCACCGACUUCCUGGUCCAGGUGGCCCGCAAGCGUGGCCGUCUCGGCAAGCGUGGUGUCCCCAACGUUGAGAGCGCCGCGAUGACCGUGAUCAACGACUGGCGCGACGGCCGCAUUCAGGGCUGGGCCAAUGCUCCCGUCCUGCCCGUUGCUGGAUCUGCCGCCGAGGCUGCGGAGCCUAGCGCCGGUCCCGUGGACAAUGUUCAGGUUGUUACGGAGUGGGCUAAGGAAUUCAAGAUCGAGGGCCUUUGGGGUAAUGGCGAGGGCGAUGACGAGGAGAUGGCCGAGUAA